CAACAUUACGUAAUAAUGAAAUUUCAAUUCUUUAGUCACCUUUUGCUUCACUCUUUCCUUCUUUCUUAUUGUUUCAGGAUGUCAAUCAUUUUAAUAUAAAAAAGGAUCAAAAAAAAUCUCUAUUCUUUUUUACUCGUGCUACCAUUUAUGAUUGUGUGUAUUCAAAACAUGGUUUAAAAUUAGAUUUCCGAACCCUUACAAAAAAAAGAAAAGAACAAAGACGGUUUUCGCUUUCCCCUCUUCCCCUUGAUACGAUCUCCUUGACUUAUAAAAAUAAAAAGCUUAUUCUUUUUCAUUUCCGAGGGUAAAAGUAAAAAGAAGAGUAGCAACCAUCAAAAGACGUCAUUUUUCGGGGCCAAUAAAAUUGCUAUUUUUACAUAAUUAUUAUUAUUAUCACUUCGGCAUCUCUCCGACUGGUCUCCCUUUUUUUUUUUGUUAAACUUAUGCUAGAAAAACGUGUUUGGAUAUUCAAAGAUAAAAAAGACAACAAUGAUGAAUAUGACACGCUAUUGAUUAAAAAUAAUUAUUCACCUGAGUUUAUACCCCUACUUGAUUACACAUGUCAAAAUGUCGACAUGCUCAAGUCCAUCUUAAUUACUGGUCCACAUGCCCUCAACCUCUCUGGUCUCAUCUUGACUUCACAAAAGUCAGUUCAUACUCUUACAAAAGCCUAUACACCUUUAAAAGAAGAAAUACGUCAGCAGUGGCAUGAACUACCUGUAUUCAUCGUAGGACCACAAACAGAACAAUUAUUGGCCCAAUCCCCUUUAUACAGCCACUGUCACACGAAUCACUGGAUAGAAGCACCCCGAGCUCUUGAACUAAUCAAGCCAAUCAUAGAUCAUUAUAAUAAAAAGGGCCAACUAUUAUUCUUAGCGGGCGACAAACGACGUGAUGUGAUACCCCAAGCAUUGACAGAGGCCAAGAUACCCUUUCGUGAAGUACAGACCUAUGCAACCUGUCCUCAUCCUGAUCUGCCUGCCAGACUGCAGCAAUUGGAACAGGCUGAAGCAGAAUGGGCGGUGUUCUUUAGUCCCUCGGGGUUAAAGUUUAUUCAAUCCGCUUUACCUACCUCCAAACUUCUCCAACCAGGUCAAAUCAAGAUUGCUGCCAUUGGCCCCACCACAGCGGAUUACGCCCAUGCCCUUGGCCUGACCGUUCAUGCCGUGGCCGAAAAACCCGACGCAAAGCACCUGGUCGAUGCCGUGGUUAAAUCUGACAUGACGGGAAAAUGCCAAAAAUAGAUAAUUUAUCCUCUUACGAAAUAGAAUAAUAAUAAAAAAAAAAAAAAGCUUGGCAUACAGAAUAUAGAAAAUACUGUGCUAUCCAUUCUACUUGCAAUUAUCCAUUGAGCCCCAUAUUUUAGGAUAAGCAAAGAUCUUUGAAUAAAGUACUAUAUCUGAUGAUGUUUUUGUUGUAUUGGGGCGUGCCAUUGCAAG